GACAGCUGCCCCCUCAGACGAGGAGGGUCCAGACCCGACCUCCGAGGCCCAUCCUCUCACCUCCUUAAGUCUUUGUGUGCUUUUGGAGUUGGGGCAAACCCCAGAAGCUCGGGGCUAAACCUGGUCUGCAGCUCAGAGAGGGGGUGCUCUGAUAGCUCCUCUGCUGUUCCCCCCGCGUCUCACAGGCGGCCUGUCAGACUGCUCCUGAUCCUCCUGACAGCAGAAAGAAAGAAGGCCAACCAGAGGAGGUGGUGACUUCAUCCCUUCUCCUAACCAACCCUCCUCCUCCUCCUCCUCCUCUUUCCCCUCCUUUCUGCUUCUUUUCCUUUUUUUCCCCUAACUUUUGCGCGGCUCAGCCCGGCAGCAUGCCAGUCCUCCUCCUGCUGCGCUCCCUUCUUAUCAGGCUGCUCAGCAGCAGGCUGGCAGGCUCUCUCCUGCAGUUCCUCCGCAGAAGUCUCUCCACCGGAGCUGCACACCUCGGCACGGCGUUACGCCACGUCUGGGAGCGCGUUCGAUCCCAGGAGUCAAAGGAAGCGGUUCUGGGCUGCGUGCUGUGCAUUCUCAACAUGCACAAGAAGGUGGAGAACUGAGCUGCGUCCUUCCUGUCUGCCGACGUUCCUGCUGGGCAGAGACUCAGGGGAGGAUGUGACAGACGCUUCGCAGAGACUCUUUUGUUGGACACUGGACAUGUCUGAAAGCAUCAUGAGAAAGGUGCAGCCCUUCACCAUUGGGACCAAGCUGUCGGCUCCCCCUGUGCCCAAAUGCCAGGAGUUUACGCAGAGGAGAUUCCUGCCCACCGUAGACCUGGACAGCUGUGGGUUUCAGCACAACCUGAGCUCGCUCUACCUCAGCCCGUCGCAGGUCUGCGCACACGACCCCCGUCUUUCCUCACCCACUGUCAUCACGCCGGCAGCCCCCGCUGAGCGGGAGCACGUGGCGGGAGACGACCUGAUCCAGAACGCCGGCUCUGCCUCCGCCGUCUGCAGAUCCAUCAAGAAGAUCACCAUCUCUGAGAGAACAGACAGACCGGGGAGGACGACCGGAGGGCCGGGAAGGCCUCGGCUCACAGCCCCCUCCUCUGAAAACAACAACAACAACAACAACAACAACAACAACAACAACAACAACAACAACAACAGCAGCAGCUCAUCAGAGCCACAGCUGCCCAGGAUCCUAGGAGUGAGCUAUGAGAGCAAACCCAACUCUGAAUUCAAGGUUUUACUGAGUAAAGAGAUCCAGGCUGUGCAGGGAGAAGCCAGAGAGAGGCUGAGCGGAGAAAACUCAGUCCAGAUUCCAGCACCUGAGCGGAAAACCGAUGAGCCUGAAGUGACGGAGCGCUGCCCGCCCUCCCAGGAUGAGGUCCUGGACGCUGCUGCUGCAGCUGCUGCUGCUGCACUUCAGGACGGCCGCUUCGCUCAGCCAAACUCACUCUUCACCAAGGAGGCGCUGCAGGCAGAGGCGUGGAUUAAAGGCAAGCUGCAGGAUUUAAAGGAUGGGUGUGAUGUUCAGUGCUGCCCCCUGCAGGACCGGGAAGAGGCACCGCAGACGCUUCAGAGAGACCUCAAAGACUUUGAGAACAACCUGAUUCAACUCAACCAGCUGGGCGAGCGGCUGAUCUGCAAGCCGAACCCCACAUCUGACGCCGUGAAGAAGCAGCUCGGCCAGCUGAGGGAGCAGUGGCAAACCCUCAAACAGAUGGCUGCAAACCGGACGGGCGCCCUCGCCGCAGCGCAAAGCCUGCAGGAGUUCAACCAAAAGGUGGACAAACUGGAGGCGUGGAUCAAAGAGAAGCAGGAAGAGGAGCAGUGGUUGGGGGACAUCCUGGGGGAAAGUGUUGACAAAAUGCAGCUGACCAGGAGAAUUUUAGAUCUGAAACAGGACGAACAGCAACACAGAAACCUCCACGAGGAGAUCAACCACUUGGCCCUGAAGCUGGAGAAACUGGGGAGAGCGGACAGCAGGAUGAUCUCCAGCAGGAGGAAGCUCAUCAACAAAAUGUGGUUGAAGGUCCAGUCCCAUCUGAAAACCUACCAAGAAAAGCUUCAUCUGGCCCUUGAAGUGUCGUCCUUCUACCAGCAGGCGGACAAAGUCCUGCUAGCGAUGAACAGCAUGAGGAAGAGCAUGUCUGCUUCCAAGGAGCUGGACAGUUUGGACGACAGAGAAAUACGGGACAUCGCCAGUCAAAUAAUGAUCCUGGACGUGAGCGUCUCCCAGCUGUCCAACCUCCACCCCUCCAUGGCUGCCGGCAUCACUCGCAGGCAGGGUGAGGUCAAGGAGUCCUGGGCGCUUCUUCAGAGAGUUUUCAGGGGGGCCAGGACUCCGCUCUCCCUCUCCGGCUCCACUUUCACCAGGGAAGAUGCUGACCUCCUGACCCCUGACCAAGAGCCUCGUCGCAGCGUGGGAGCGGAGACGCAUGCCGUCAUGGGAAAGGAGGUGAAGGAGGAGCAGAAUCGUCUGAAAGGCUGUGUGGAACCCUGUGGGAACGUUGAAAGACCUGCGGGUGGUCAAUAUCAGGAGCGGCGCUCGCUGAUCCACGCCUCCUCCCCAGUGGAGGGAGGCUCUGUCUGCACAAACCAUGCGGCCACGAAGCAGCAGCCGAAGGGGGAAAGCAGGAAGCCCGGAGCAGAGCCCAAGCUCCCUGCAGCUUCCAGGAGCCACACACAGCUUCAGAGGUUCACGGUGUCUGCUGACAAGACUUUAUCCUGGCUCCGAGACAACGUUUCCAUGGCAACGCAGGUGUGCUCAACGGCCAGCUCUGAGGGUCCGGAGGCCGCCAGGAAGUGCCAUUACGCUCUUGAGGAAGAGAUCCUCAACAACCGAGCCAGGAUGGAGGUGGUGAAGAGGGAGGGUCACGGACUGGUUCGUGCACAGCACCCGGGCAGUGCGAGGAUCGAGGAGUUCCUCACACAGCUGGAGGUCCUGUGGGAGGAGCUGAAGAGGAGGCACCAGAGGAAUGCCGUGUUCCUGCGGGCCUCCAAGGAGCUGGGCUUCAGGGUUGUGAAAGUGCUCCAAGCUCUUGGCAGCCUGGAUGCCUGGCUGGAGUCUGUGGAGCUUUCCAUGAAGGAGUCUGCAUUAGCCGGUGACCCAGAAACCAUGAGCCUGGCUGAAAGGGAGAGCCGCCUGCUGGAGAAGGAGGUGGCGGCGCGCAGCCUGGAGCUGAGCGAACUGAGGCAGGAGGUGGACCGCCUUCACGCCCACAGUCACCCACACGCACGCCGGAUGCCAGAGCGCAUGGACGAGGUGGAGAAAAAGUACCACCGUGUUCUGGCUGCACUGACCCAGCAGAGCUCAGAGCUGCAGGACACACGCAUGCUGACCGAGUUCCUGGAGCGCGUGGAGCUGGAGGAGAGCCAGGAGCCCGCCGGCGGCGGCGGCGGAUUCAGCCUCGCACAGCCUCUCCACAGUGACAUGUCCUCGGCUCCUUCUCUGUUCGAGCUCCAGAGCAGCGGCAGCGUGGAGCCCCUGCUGGAGACUAUGGGGAACCCCGUGGAGGAACUUCGGGAGGCUGUGGAGAUGCUGAACGACACUGUGAGGAAAAGAAGUCGAUCGCAGAGCCACGAUCAGGCUCUCCAAGAGCUGAUGAGCAAGCACGCCAGCUUGGCGGUUCGGGUGGAGGAGUGUUUGCGCUGCAGCGAGGAGCUGCGCCUGGACAUCCUGGAGAAGGAGACCGACAUGGCCAUGCAGUGUGAGCCAGACCACUGCGGCCUGGAGGCUCUGCAGGAGAAGCAGGACCACCUGGAGACUGCCCACGGGGUCAUUAGUGAGGAGGUGAAGGAGGUGAAGAACCAGGCCUCUCAGCUGCAGGAGCUGUGCCCAGAAAGAGUGCACAUGCUGGAGGCAAGGAUCCAGGCCACGCUGCGGGCGUGGGCCGAGCUGGGAAAGAGCGCGACGGAGAACAAAGCCCGUCUGCAGGAGUUCUCCCAGCUCCAGGACUUCUUCAGGAGCUACCUCGCCAUGAUCUCCUGGACAGAGGACACCAGGUCAUGCAUUUUUUCCGAUAGUGCAUUGCACCGUGGGAAGGAUGGCCAGAAGCUCCUGGCAGCAGACCUGGACUCCCAAAUCCAGCAGAAGUUUGGGGAGUUUGAUGUGCUGGCCGUCACAGGGAGGACGAUCUUAGACACGGACCACCACCUGGCCCAGAUGGUGAGAGAGCGCAUGGAGGAGCUGAGGAGCAUGCUGGGAUGGAUCUCUGUGCACUGGAGGGCUCAGAAGCAACAGUGGUGUCACAGAAGCAACAGACGGAAACCUCUGCAGGACGACGUUUACUCUGAGGCCACAAUGUGCUCUCCGAGCUCAGAUUCUGAACUCGAGGCCCUAUGGUCCCAUCAGGCCCCACGAGUCCGAACCCGUGAAAACGGCACUCGAGCAGAUCCCAGGGCCGAGCCGCUGCAGCCUGCCGAGCAGCACGAAACGCCGUCCGAGGACGGAUACGAGGUCAUGAAUGGAAUCGGAGCCGAGGCUGCUUCUCUGAAGACCAACGUCGUGGUUCUGAAGGAGAGCAGCAGCCAGCAGGCGGUCAACCUCAUCCUGAGCUUCGGAGGGGGCGGGGACAGCCAGGUGCAGGUGCUGGACCUGCCCGUUCAGACCGAUGCAGACGGGGGGGAACAACCCUUGGAGCUCGUUCACAGGCCCACUGCGCCUCAAGCUUCUGCCUGUAAAAGCUUUUGGAGGCGCUGCCAGGGGCUUUUGGAAAACACUUUGGGUAGUUUAAAGCGAAAGAAAAAAGUUUACCGGCCGAGUGCAAAGCAGGUGAGCACCUACCUGCACGUGAAGGACAACAGCCUCGCUGGGGCUCCCGUGUAUGAGAGCAUCACCCUCCCACGUCAAAAGAGCUGCUCCGCAUCCCCAGUCUCCCCCACUUUCCCGCAAUCCUCCGCUGCAUCCGGGCCUCAGCCAACCAACGCGGUCCUCCACCCGCUGACGGGAAGCAGCAGCGGCUCCAUCUUCAGCAGCCUCAAGAGGAUGAGCAAGAAGAGGAAGAGGAAGAGAGAUGCGCGCAGACACACCAUCCAGAGAAUCAUGGGAGUGGAUGAGCAAACCGACGGGAUGCAUCUCUACGAAUGUGAAACUCUGACCUAUGACACGCGCACGUGGCCUCUGAAGGAGGGCAGGAGAACGAGGAAGGACAGCGGCGGUGCAGCGGCCUACAUGAAGAACCCCCUGCUGACGGACAUCGACUCGGAGGGCUCCAGGGAAGACAGCAUCACUCCUUACGCUGUCUCAGCAGGACCAAGCGCUGGACCCUCAGCAGCUCAGACCAGAACCCACUGCAGGGUUCUGUCGUUGGGUUCUGUGCUGAGCUUUGAUCUGCCCAAGGACAUGACCCUCAUCCCCAGCAUCCAGGACAUCAUCACCAUCGCCCCCCCAGAGUCCAAAAGAGAAGGAGCUGAUCUCUGCCUUCACUCCCACAAACCCACUGUCCUCAGCUCUUUCAAACAAAGUCCUGAAGUCGCUGACGUCAGCUCCUCCGACCCUCCUGGGGGUUUCCAGGCUCCUCCUCCUAAGGACCCUCCUGACGGAGACCAAUCAAACCCCUCCUACGCUCAGUGUGAUGCUGCCGAGCAGGAGCGGAACAAGAUGCCAUCAGACUCCAGUUCUGAUGCGGGUGAUGGCGCCGAGAGCAGCUGGCCUUCAAAUCUGAGCAUUUAUGUGAAUCAUCCCUGCAGCGCCGCCGCAGUCACCCAUAAACACCGGUGUGUCAGCGUCCACACGCGCAUUCGAGACCUAAACGGACACUUCUAUCAUAAAUGUGCACCAUCCAGAUGUGGCCAGGAACAAAGCGGGGGCCUUCAAGUCAGCCAAGCUUCCCUCAUGAAGCUGAACCCGAAGUCGGCUCCAGGCGUCGGCGUCCGGCAGGACUCGGUGGACUCCGGCAUCUCCAGUGUCAGCAGCUUCAAGCUCGGCGCCGACGUGGCUUCUGCAGACAGCCGGCCCAAAGGAGUGGUGGGAAAGCUGUUGUCUCUGGAAGUGGGAGCUUUAGAUUGCCCUCAACCACGAGAGAACCACGCGGCAUCUCCAGGACCGCCUCCAAAGUCUGCAGAGGAAGAAAGAGAGCGGGUUCAUCCUGACCAUCAGGAGUUUGAGGAGGAGGAGGAGGAGCUGGAGGACAUCUGGAACCAAACUCCGAACUGCAGGCAGAGCAUCUGCUCCGACAUCAUGUACCGACCCAACCAGGAGGUCUCGGCUGGCUCAGGGCAGGUGACAGAGGCUCUCUGCUGCUCGCCGCCCGCUCAGAAGCAGACGGCGCUCUACAGAGACCUGGUCACGGCUUCGGCCCCCGACCUUCUCACAGCCGAGCUGCAGUUACCGUCACACAUUCCCGACUUGCUCGGUUUCCAUAAGGCGGGGACGCCCAAAGACCACCUUCCCCCUCUGGCUAAAGGAGACAGGAGGUCAUGGGCAGCUUUUCCGGUUGGAGAAGCAGACAGUAAAACCUCGGUAACAACCAACGAGACCGCGCCCGCGCCGGUAAGGCUGCCCGAUGUCGGGGACCGCCAGAGAUACGUUUACCACUACAGAGAGGAGGAGGAGGAGGAAGAGGAGGAGGGGAUGAAGGUGGAGGAGGUCACAGGUUGCUUGAAGGCCGUCGGAUCUCCUCCUCCUGAACAGGACCAGCCGCUGAGCGCCGUCUCGGCCCUCGUGGGUUCAGUUGGAGCCUCACAGGAGGAGAGGCCACACGGCGUGGCGAGCACCGGAGGGCGCCGUGUCAUCCUGGGCGGAAAACCUGAGCUGCAGUCCAUGGAGGGAACCCUGGAAAGGAAGCAGCGGCUGCAUCAGGGAGGGAAAAAAGCUGCCUCCAGAGGCUGGAACUCCUACUACGCCGUCCUGUCCAGUCACACCAUGUGCUUCUUCCAGGAUGGAAAGGAUGCUCUGCGGAGCGCCGCAUGUGACCUUCCGCUGAACCUCGCGGGAGCGGAGUGUUCUCCUGCCUCAGACUACACCAAGAAGCCCAACUGCUUCCGCCUGCGGCUCCCCGACGGCGCCGAGUAUCUGUUCAGCGUCUCCUCACACUUCAUGAUGAGAAAAUGGGUCAUGAGGGUCCAGGCAAGCACAGGUCAGAGUGGAUCUUCCUCAUCCAGCGCUGAUCCCAGAGUUCCCACAUCCAUAGAAGCCUCAUCGGGGGGCUUCAGGUGUCAGGAUGGAGCCAGCUGUCACUGCUCCUCUCUGCAUGGCGCCCCCAUCACCUCACCCUCACGGAAACCCACAGCCAAAGAAAUAGUUGUCCUCAGCAGGCCCCAGAGUCGCCUCAGGAGUCGGGAUGGGCAUCCCACCAUCUCCUCUGAUGGACGUUGCUAUGAUGACGGGCGCCUCACGCAUGCCGUGACUCACCGAGUCUCAGAAGCGUCUCCCUCCACCCGCUGCCCCCCAUCCGCCGGUCAGGACUGGCUCAGCACCCAGAGCCGCUCCCACUCCUUCACUUCCUCAACUUACCAAAAGAUCCAACCCACGGCGCCCUCCCCAGCAAGAAAAGGCCUGGAGAAAGGCUCCAACUACUCAGUGACUCUGGUGGUGGGAGAAAAGGCCGGCGAGUCUCCACUCCCAGCCUCAGCAGGGUGGCAGUGCGACGCACAUCUGAGGAGCUUCGCAAGCCUGCCUCGGCCGAGCAGCAAGUCGGUCUUUAAAAAGUUCUUUGGAAAGAAAGAGCUCUGAGUGUGAAGAUGUUCGGACAGAGAGGCCGUGAUGUGCUGAGCACACACUGAGGGACACAAGCAGCUUUACUACUGACUGUAUUUAUGAUGCAAACAACUGCUUCACGUUUGUUGGGUUUGUUUAAUUCGCUUCAGCUGAUAUUUUAGGAAGCAGGGUGUCGGUGUGUUCUGGAUCCUUCUGUGUUUGUUUCUUCGGUGGAUUUUUGUUUUUGUUGCUUUUUCUUCACAGCUGAUAUCCUGAUCACUUUGUCCUGAAGUAUUGAUAAUCUUCUGGGUGCUUGACGCUUUUAGUAACAUUUGUCGUAGUUCCUAAAAGAAUCAGCAGUUUGAUACUGUUGUCAUUGUGUUUAGGAGCUUUUUUUAACACAAAAUAUAAUAAAAGACGAGAAACAUCCUU